AUGCUGCACUUACCAUUUUCUACUCCAAGACUGAAUGAAGCCAAUAAUUUUGACAUCUUCAAAACCUUAGUCCACCUAAGGACUUCCCUCUCAGUAACGCUUGAUCUCCUCUAUCCAUUUUCUGGUAGGUUGAGACAUAACUUCUACAUCGACCGCUUUGAUGAAGGUGUGCCAUUUGUGGAAGCCCAAGUCAACUGUGCAAUGUCUGAAUUUUUUGAACAUCCAGAAAACGAGUCGUUGAGCAAAUUGCUUCCGUGUUGUCCUUUCUCCAAGGAACCAGGGGAUGAGGCAUCCCUAAUAUCUUUUCAUGUGAACUUAUAUUCAUGUGGCAGAAUGGUAACUGGUGGGUGCAUAUCUCACCAAUUUCAUUUUCCGGGAAUGUGGGCUGCGAUUACCCGCGGGGCACAAAAUAACAGAGUCCACCCAGAUUUUGCCAGGGCUUCGUCCAUCUUUCCAUCAAUAGAUCCUUAA